AUGUUUAGGCGGGGGAACAAGGCCCGCUACGUGCGCAUAGUGUUUAGGGCGAAAGCCUGGCGUGCGCCUUUCAAGAUCUUCAAGUGGCGCAGGAUGUCUUCAAAGAAGGAGUAUGACCUCGUGUCGAACGAUGAUUACGACACCCGCAUACCGCUCCACCCGGACGAGGCGUUCCAGUAUGGCAUCACUUUCCGUGCUAAGGGGCGCCAUAUUAGACAGAUGCCAGAUACUGGGAGUAAUAUG